GUUCACGCCACAGAUGCUCCAGUGUGUGCCGCAGAGUGGAAAACAGGAAUGGCGGCGAUACACCUUUAACACAUAAAGCUGAAGAUCAAUGAAUACUCAUGUGAUGUUGUAGAACAGACAGAAGGGUAUUAAUAGCACCCGGCUUUAGACGCAGACGCACCAUCGCGAAGGCAAACAUGGAAAUCUUUAGAAAUUCAGAGCGCUUGAAGGUUUUUCCACCUCUGGAAUUAGGAAAUAACAGCACGUCUUAAAUGGGAAAGCGACUGUAUAUGUGGAUUAGGAUUGCCGGCUUCCAACGAACAUGAUCAAACGGGAUCGUUAGUUCUGAUUAGUCAACUUGUUUCGUUGAAUAUUUUAAUUGUUCUCGAUUUUAAAUUCGUGACGGUUAUUGUAGUUUAAAAAUCGCGUUUUAUAAAUCUUACUUGAAAUGGAAUGUUUUAUUAAAAAUCAAUAACGUUUGGACAAACUUUACGAAAGCGUUUAGGCAAAGAUACAAACAAAGUUAAACCUGUAAACAUGAGAUCUUCACUGGCCCCGGGCAUCAAACUCAUUACCUCUUUCUCUAGAGACAGCUGGUACCGAUUCUCCAUCCUCGUCCUCACGUUUGUCUUCUACACCAGCUACCACCUCUCUCGAAAGCCUAUCAGUAUUGUUAAGAGUCAGCUGCAUAGAAACUGCUCUAAUGUCAUUCAUCCAGCAGACCUCAACAUUACUGACAAUGACACCUGGUGUGAUUGGGUCCCUUUUGACCAGAACAAUUACCUCAAUCUGUUUGGAGUGCUGGACAACUGCUUCCUCGUUGCAUAUGCCAUCGGCAUGUUCUUUAGUGGGAUGUUUGGAGAACGACUGCCCCUGCGUUACUACCUGAGCUCCGGGAUGAUUCUCAGUGGGCUUUUCACUGCUCUCUUUGGUCUGGGUUUUUACUGGAACAUCCACUCACUUUGGUAUUACUGCCUUGUUCAGGCCUUAAAUGGGCUGGUGCAGACUACAGGCUGGCCGGCUGUGGUGGCAUGUGUCGGGAACUGGUUUGGGAAGGGAAAGCGUGGAUUCAUCAUGGGCAUAUGGAACUCGCACACCUCGGUGGGGAACAUCCUGGGCUCUCUCAUUGCUGGUGUCUAUGUGUCGUCCGCGUGGGGCAUGUCCUUCAUUGUGCCUGGUAUUAUCAUCGCUUCCACUGGUGUCCUCUGCUUUUUGUUCUUGAUUGAGAAACCUGAAGAUGUGAACUGUACUCCACCUCAACACCACGAGAGUGUGGAGCAGGAACCUCUACUGAGGACCUCAUCCAGUAACGAGGAGAUCUUCAGCAGUCACACAUCCACAGUUGUAGAGCCAGUGGAGGACCACAUGGAAGCCAUCAGCUUCUGUGGAGCGCUUAAGAUUCCUGGUGUGGUGGAGUUCUCCUUGUGUUUGCUCUUUGCCAAGUUGGUCAGCUACACCUUCCUCUACUGGCUUCCUUCAUACAUCGUUAAUGUUGCUCAUUUUGAUCCCAAAGAAGCCGGGGACCUGUCUACAUUGUUUGAUGUCGGAGGAAUUGUGGGUGGCAUCCUGGCUGGUUUAAUAUCAGACUACAGUGGAGGCAGAGCCACAACCUGCUGUGCCAUGUUGAUCAUUGCUGCUCCUAUGCUCUUCCUGUACAAUAAGAUCGGGCAGAACGGCUUGCCAACCACCAUCGGCAUGUUGCUGUGGUGUGGUGCUCUCGUGAAUGGACCUUACGCACUCAUCACCACCGCAGUGUCAGCUGACCUAGGCACCCAUGAGUGUCUCCGAGGAAACUCGAGAGCACUGUCCACUGUAACAGCCAUUAUUGACGGCACUGGAUCAAUAGGUGCAGCUGUUGGGCCUCUGUUGGCAGGUCUGAUCUCUCCCACUGGUUGGAAUAAUGUUUUCUAUAUGCUCAUUGCUGCUGAUGUACUGGCCUGUCUGCUGUUGUCCAGGCUUGUCUAUAAGGAGAUCAGAGGAUGGUGCGGAUACACAACAAGAACGAGAGGGUUCAAAGAGAUCUGAGCUGCCCGCAGAACAAGAGAAUAUCACACCUGUGAUGGAAAAUUACUUGCAGCAUAACGACAAAAAGGGACCAUGGAUUGAUCCAACACGCUUAAGCCUUUUUUGCCUCCGGGGUUAUUUUAUAUGAAAAUUGUAACAUGAGACUUUCAUCCUUUUAUGCUGCUGCUGUGAGGGAGGAGGAGAGUCACACACACCCUCAUCCACACAGAACCUGAGUGGGAAUCACUAACCUCCUUUAUUUUAAUACAGGAUGUUUUUAGUGCCUGAUCCAAAUGCACCUUUUUCUGUCAUUAAAAUAUGCCAUCAGUGCAUACUCCUUUUAUCUGAUCUGUUUGUCUGUGAUCAUUCAAAUAUCACACGUGUUAUGAACCACACAUGUCAAUAAAAGCACGUUCUUUCUCA